AUGGCUGAGACUGUCACAUGGGCGGUCCGCGAGCUCGAUGUUCUGGGCGUCGUGCUGUUCGCUUGUGGUUUGACAACUUUCCUCCUGCCUUUUACAUUGGCAACAUCCGCCCCCAGCGGCUGGCGCACAGACUACAUCAUCGCGAUGCUGGUCACCGGCUUCGUGCUGCUUGCAUUGUUCGCGCUACAACAGAUCUACCUGGCGCCCUUCCCGUUUCUGAAUGGCCGAUUCCUGCUCGACCGAACAGUAAUCGGCGCAUGUCUGAUCAACUUCACCUACCAGAUAAGCUACUACUGCUGGAACCGAUAUUUCACCUCAUUUCUCCAGGUCGUCUACAAUCUGUCGGUCGCUGAAGCAGGAUACAUUAACUCAACCUUUCAGGUCCUGUCCGGUGUGCUGGCAUUCAUCGUUGGAUACGCGAUACGCCGUACUGGCAGGUUCAAAUGGGUGUUCUACGUUGCAGUACCCAUCUACGUCUUUGCCCUCGGCCUUAUGAUCCACUUCCGCGUCCCUAAUGGCAACGUCGGAUACAUCAUCAUGUGCGAGAUCUUCAUUUCCAUCGGCGGAUCUAUCUUCAUUCUCUGCUGCCAGCUCGCCGUCCUUGCUGCGGUUGACCACCAGCACGUUGCGGCGUCACUAGCUCUGCUGUUCGUAACUGGGACCAUUGGUGGCGCCGUGGGCUCGACUGUUUCGGGCGCCAUCUGGACGAACACUUUUCCAACGGCAUUGGCGAAAAAUUUGCCAGAGACCGCCCUGCCAAAUUUGGCUGUGAUCUAUGGCGAUAUUGUUACGCAGCUAUCCUACUCGGUAGGCAGCGCGGAGCGCUACGCUAUUCAGCAGUCGUAUGGGUAUGCGCAGGUGCGAAUGCUGGCAGCGGGUACAGGAAUCAUGUCGUUGUCCUUCAUUUGGAUGUUCAUGAUCAGGAACUACAAUGUGGCAAAGAUGACACAGACGAGGGGUGUGGUAUUCUAG